AGCCAGCGGUGGCGGCAGCGGCUGAGGCGGCUGCGGCGGCUGCGGGAGCGGAGCGAUCGCCGGGCGCGCGGGGGGACGCCGGCUGCACUCCGGGGCAGGCGCUCUGCAAUGAGACAGUAAAUGCAUCCCCCGUGCGCUGCUGCAGGGUAACAUCUGGACUGGACUACUGGCCCCUCGAAUACUUGGCUGCCCACAAGUUCCUGUGUCAACCUGUUAAAAACUGUAUUGCUGCUGAAUGCUUCUCGUCUGCUUCAGGGUAUCUUCAGGGAAAUCAACUCUACAUAAACUAAGAAUUUAGAAGUUCUAAGUGAGACCCUUCAAGUCAUCUGGGAAAAUGGUGGCCCUGUCCUUAAAGAUUUGCGUCCGCCAUUGCAAUGUGGUGAAGACCAUGCAGUUUGAACCAUCUACAGCUGUCUAUGAUGCCUGCCGAGUCAUUCGGGAACGGGUACCAGAGGCACAAACAGGACAAGCUUCUGACUAUGGGCUGUUUCUUUCGGAUGAAGACCCCAGGAAAGGGAUUUGGCUGGAAGCAGGCAGAACACUGGAUUACUACAUGUUGCGAAAUGGGGAUAUUUUGGAGUAUAAAAAGAAACAGAGGCCUCAGAAAAUCCGGAUGCUCGAUGGGUCUGUGAAAACAGUGAUGGUGGAUGACUCCAAGACGGUGGGGGAGCUCCUGGUCACCAUUUGCAGCAGGAUAGGAAUAACGAAUUAUGAAGAAUACUCUUUAAUCCAAGAAACCAUUGAAGAAAAGAAAGAGGAAGGAACGGGUACACUUAAAAAAGAUAGGACGCUGUUACGAGAUGAGAGGAAGAUGGAGAAGUUGAAGGCCAAGCUUCACACAGACGAUGACUUAAAUUGGCUCGAUCACAGCCGAACAUUCAGAGAACAAGGAGUGGAUGAAAAUGAGACGUUGCUGCUUAGGCGGAAGUUCUUCUACUCUGAUCAGAAUGUAGACUCGAGAGACCCCGUGCAGCUGAAUCUGCUUUAUGUCCAGGCACGGGAUGAUAUCCUGAACGGCUCCCACCCUGUAUCCUUCGAAAAAGCCUGUGAAUUUGGUGGAUUCCAAGCUCAGAUACAGUUUGGACCUCAUGUAGAACAUAAACAUAAGCCUGGAUUCUUAGAUUUAAAAGAAUUCCUGCCCAAAGAGUACAUCAAGCAGAGAGGAGCUGAAAAGAGAAUAUUUCAGGAGCAUAAGAACUGUGGAGAGAUGAGUGAAAUAGAAGCCAAGGUCAAGUAUGUAAAGCUAGCCCGGUCCCUCCGGACAUACGGUGUAUCUUUCUUCCUAGUGAAGGAAAAGAUGAAAGGCAAGAACAAGCUGGUGCCUCGCCUGCUGGGAAUCACCAAGGACUCUGUGAUGCGCGUAGACGAGAAGACCAAGGAGGUGCUGCAGGAGUGGCCUCUCACAACAGUCAAGCGCUGGGCCGCCUCACCCAAGAGCUUCACACUGGACUUUGGGGAGUAUCAAGAAAGCUACUAUUCAGUACAAACCACGGAGGGAGAACAAAUAUCUCAGCUGAUUGCAGGAUACAUUGACAUCAUCCUCAAAAAGAAACAAAGUAAAGACCGAUUUGGCCUAGAAGGCGAUGAGGAGUCAACUAUGUUGGAAGAGUCGGUUUCCCCCAAAAAGUCCACCAUCUUGCAGCAGCAGUUCAACAGGACAGGCAAGGCAGAGCAUGGCUCAGUGGCACUGCCAGCCGUGAUGCGCUCAGGCUCCAGUGGACCUGAGACCUUCAACAUUGGCAGUAUGCCCUCACCACAGCAGCAAGUCAUGGUUGGGCAGAUGCACCGAGGCCACAUGCCUCCACUGACCUCAGCCCAGCAGGCCCUUAUGGGGACCAUCAACACAAGCAUGCAUGCUGUCCAGCAGGCCCAGGAUGACCUCAGUGAGCUUGACUCACUGCCACCUCUCGGCCAGGAUAUGGCGUCUAGGGUAUGGGUUCAGAACAAAGUGGACGAAUCCAAACACGAAAUUCAUUCUCAAGUCGAUGCUAUUACAGCUGGAACGGCUUCAGUUGUUAACCUCACGGCUGGUGACCCUGCAGACACUGACUACACAGCCGUGGGAUGUGCAAUCACCACUAUUUCUUCCAACCUGACGGAGAUGUCCAAGGGUGUGAAGCUGUUGGCAGCCCUCAUGGAUGAUGAGGUGGGCAGUGGGGAGGACUUGCUCCGAGCUGCAAGGACCCUCGCUGGGGCAGUGUCCGACUUGCUGAAAGCUGUUCAGCCUACUUCUGGAGAGCCUCGACAGACCGUUUUGACUGCUGCUGGAAGCAUUGGACAAGCCAGUGGAGAUCUUCUGAGACAGAUCGGAGAGAAUGAGACUGAUGAGCGGUUCCAAGAUGUGUUGAUGAGUUUGGCCAAAGCUGUCGCCAAUGCUGCUGCCAUGUUGGUGCUGAAGGCCAAGAAUGUUGCCCAAGUGGCUGAAGAUACUGUCCUACAGAACAGGGUGAUCGCUGCUGCCACUCAGUGUGCCCUUUCCACUUCUCAGCUUGUGGCAUGUGCCAAGGUGGUGAGCCCCACCAUCAGCUCCCCCGUGUGCCAGGAGCAGCUGAUUGAGGCAGGGAAACUUGUGGAUCGCUCAGUGGAGAACUGCGUCCGAGCCUGCCAGGCAGCCACUGGUGACAGUGAGCUCUUGAAGCAAGUCAGUGCGGCAGCCAGCGUGGUCAGCCAGGCCCUGCAUGACCUCCUGCAGCAUGUGCGGCAGUUUGCCAGUCGAGGAGAGCCCAUCGGCCGCUAUGACCAAGCCACCGACACCAUCAUGUGUGUUACCGAGAGCAUCUUCAGCUCCAUGGGUGAUGCUGGUGAGAUGGUGCGCCAGGCCCGGGUCCUGGCCCAGGCCACUUCGGAUCUUGUCAAUGCCAUGAGGUCAGAUGCAGAGGCUGAAAUUGACAUGGAAAAUUCAAAGAAGCUCCUGGCAGCAGCAAAGCUAUUGGCUGACUCCACUGCUCGCAUGGUAGAAGCUGCAAAGGGAGCUGCAGCUAACCCAGAGAAUGAAGACCAGCAGCAAAGGUUGAGAGAAGCUGCCGAAGGUCUCCGGGUAGCAACCAACGCUGCUGCCCAGAAUGCUAUUAAGAAAAAAAUUGUCAACCGGCUGGAGGUUGCUGCUAAGCAGGCUGCAGCUGCAGCCACACAGACCAUCGCAGCCUCUCAGAACGCAGCUGCAUCCAACAAGAACCCUGCAGCCCAGCAGCAGCUGGUCCAGAGCUGCAAGGCAGUGGCUGAUCACAUCCCUCAGCUGGUCCAGGGGGUGAGAGGGAGCCAGGCUCAAGCAGAAGACCUUAGUGCCCAGCUGGCUCUCAUCAUCUCCAGCCAGAACUUCCUCCAGCCUGGAAGCAAGAUGGUGUCCUCUGCCAAGGCUGCGGUGCCCACUGUGAGUGACCAGGCCGCAGCCAUGCAGCUGAGCCAGUGUGCCAAGAACCUGGCAACCAGCUUGGCUGAGCUGCGCACCGCCUCGCAGAAGGCCCAUGAAGCCUGUGGUCCUAUGGAAAUUGAUUCAGCUCUGAACACGGUGCAAACUCUUAAGAAUGAGCUUCAGGAUGCCAAGAUGGCGGCCGUGGAGAGUCAGUUGAAGCCACUUCCAGGAGAAACGCUGGAAAAAUGUGCUCAGGACCUGGGAAGCACCUCGAAAGCAGUGGGCUCCUCCAUGGCCCAGCUCCUCACCUGCGCAGCUCAAGGCAACGAGCACUACACAGGAGUGGCUGCUAGAGAGACAGCCCAAGCUCUGAAAACACUGGCCCAGGCUGCUCGGGGAGUGGCUGCAUCUACUAGUGACCCCGCUGCUGCCCAUGCCAUGCUAGAUUCUGCCCGAGAUGUGAUGGAGGGCUCUGCCAUGCUCAUUCAAGAAGCCAAGCAGGCCCUGAUUGCACCUGGAGAUGCAGAGAGUCAACAGAGACUAGCCCAGGUGGCCAAAGCUGUCUCUCACUCCUUGAAUAACUGUGUGAAUUGCCUACCUGGGCAGAAGGAUGUGGAUGUGGCCUUGAAGAGCAUUGGAGAGUCCAGCAAGAAGUUGCUUGUGGACACGCUACCUCCGAGCACAAAGCCUUUCCAGGAAGCCCAGAGUGAACUGAAUCAGGCAGCAGCUGAUCUGAACCAAUCUGCUGGGGAAGUUGUCCACGCUACCCGGGGCCAGAGUGGAGAGCUGGCAGCAGCCUCCGGAAAGUUCAGUGAUGAUUUUGAUGAAUUCCUAGAUGCUGGCAUUGAGAUGGCUGGCCAAGCACAGACGAAAGAAGACCAGAUCCAAGUGAUAGGGAACCUCAAGAAUAUUUCUAUGGCAUCCAGCAAGUUACUGUUAGCGGCCAAGUCUCUCUCUGUAGAUCCAGGAGCACCCAAUGCAAAAAAUCUGCUGGCUGCAGCUGCAAGAGCUGUGACAGAGAGCAUCAAUCAGCUCAUCACCCUGUGCACCCAGCAAGCCCCUGGGCAGAAGGAGUGUGAUAACGCCCUGCGGGAGCUUGAGACUGUCAAGGGGAUGUUGGACAAUCCCAAUGAACCUGUUAGUGACCUCUCUUACUUUGACUGCAUUGAGAGUGUGAUGGAAAAUUCCAAGGUUUUGGGAGAGUCAAUGGCAGGAAUUUCACAGAAUGCCAAGACAGGGGACCUCCCUGCCUUUGGGGAGUGUGUGGGGAUUGCAUCCAAGGCGCUCUGUGGGCUGACAGAGGCUGCAGCUCAGGCUGCAUACCUGGUCGGCAUCUCUGAUCCAAAUAGCCAGGCAGGACACCAGGGCCUGGUGGACCCCAUCCAGUUUGCCAGGGCUAACCAGGCUAUCCAGAUGGCAUGCCAGAACUUGGUGGACCCUGGUAGUAGCCCAUCACAGGUUCUGUCAGCUGCCACAAUUGUGGCCAAGCACACCUCGGCUCUCUGCAAUGCCUGCCGCAUCGCCUCAUCAAAGACAGCCAACCCUGUGGCCAAGAGGCACUUUGUCCAGUCAGCCAAGGAGGUCGCCAACAGCACUGCCAACCUGGUGAAGACCAUCAAGGCCCUGGAUGGGGACUUCUCUGAAGACAACCGCAAUAAGUGCCGUAUUGCCACCGCGCCCUUGAUUGAAGCAGUAGAAAACCUAACAGCAUUUGCAUCAAACCCUGAGUUUGUCAGUGUUCCCGCCCAGAUCAGCUCUGAGGGCUCCCAGGCACAGGAACCAAUCCUGGUCUCAGCCAAGACCAUGCUGGAGAGCUCAUCAUACCUCAUCCGCACUGCACGCUCUCUGGCCAUCAACCCCAAAGACCCACCCACCUGGUCUGUGCUAGCUGGACAUUCACACACUGUAUCUGACUCCAUUAAGAGUCUCAUCACGUCUAUCAGGGACAAGGCCCCUGGGCAGAGGGAAUGUGACUACUCCAUUGAUGGCAUCAACCGAUGUAUCCGGGACAUUGAGCAAGCCUCUCUGGCAGCUGUCAGCCAGAGCCUGGCAACGAGGGACGACAUCUCUGUGGAGGCCCUACAGGAGCAGCUGACUUCAGUGGUACAGGAAAUCGGGCACCUUAUCGAUCCCAUCGCCACAGCAGCUCGGGGAGAGGCAGCGCAGCUGGGACAUAAGGUGACACAGUUGGCAAGCUACUUCGAGCCCUUGAUCUUAGCUGCAGUAGGUGUCGCCUCCAAGAUUUUGGACCAUCAACAGCAGAUGACAGUGCUGGACCAAACCAAGACACUGGCAGAGUCUGCCCUGCAGAUGCUGUAUGCAGCCAAAGAAGGUGGAGGAAACCCCAAGGCUCAGCAUACCCAUGACGCCAUCACGGAAGCCGCCCAGCUGAUGAAGGAAGCCGUGGACGACAUCAUGGUGACACUGAACGAAGCUGCCAGUGAAGUGGGGCUGGUGGGAGGCAUGGUGGACGCCAUCGCAGAGGCUGUGAGCAAGCUGGAUGAAGGCACCCCUCCAGAACCAAAGGGAACAUUCGUCGACUACCAGACAACUGUGGUUAAAUACUCCAAAGCCAUUGCUGUUACAGCUCAGGAAAUGAUGACUAAGUCGGUUACUAACCCGGAGGAGUUGGGAGGAUUGGCUUCACAAAUGACCAGUGACUAUGGGCACCUGGCUCUCCAGGGCCAGAUGGCAGCAGCCACGGCCGAACCAGAGGAGAUCGGAUUCCAGAUUCGCACGCGUGUACAAGACCUGGGCCACGGCUGUAUCUUCCUGGUGCAGAAGGCAGGGGCCCUCCAGGUGUGCCCCACAGACAGCUACACCAAAAGGGAACUGAUCGAGUGUGCCCGUGCUGUCACAGAGAAGGUGUCCUUGGUACUCUCAGCUCUCCAGGCUGGGAACAAGGGGACACAAGCAUGCAUCACAGCUGCCACUGCUGUAUCUGGGAUCAUCGCCGACCUGGACACCACUAUCAUGUUUGCAACAGCAGGGACGUUGAACGCAGAGAAUAGCGAGACCUUCGCAGACCACAGGGAGAACAUUCUGAAGACGGCCAAGGCCUUGGUGGAAGACACAAAACUGCUUGUGUCCGGGGCGGCGUCCACUCCAGACAAGCUGGCCCAGGCAGCUCAGUCCUCAGCAGCCACCAUCACCCAGCUAGCUGAGGUUGUCAAGCUGGGGGCUGCCAGCCUGGGCUCUGACGACCCUGAGACCCAGGUGGUGUUGAUCAAUGCUAUCAAAGACGUGGCCAAGGCCCUUUCUGAUCUCAUUGGUGCUACCAAGGGAGCUGCCAGCAAGCCAGCCGACGAUCCUUCCAUGUAUCAGCUCAAGGGAGCUGCCAAGGUGAUGGUGACUAAUGUCACCUCCCUUCUCAAGACUGUGAAGGCAGUAGAGGAUGAGGCCACCCGGGGCACGAGGGCACUUGAGGCCACCAUCGAGUACAUAAAGCAGGAGCUCACGGUGUUCCAGUCAAAAGAGGUACCUGAAAAGACAUCAUCACCUGAAGAAUCAAUAAGGAUGACGAAAGGCAUCACCAUGGCAACAGCUAAAGCCGUAGCAGCUGGGAACUCAUGUAGACAGGAGGACGUGAUUGCCACUGCCAAUUUGAGCCGGAAGGCUGUGUCCGAUAUGUUGACAGCUUGCAAGCAAGCAUCCUUCCACCCUGACGUCAGUGAGGAGGUGCGAUCCAGAGCCUUGCGGUACGGGACGGAAUGCACCCUGGGCUACCUGGACCUUCUGGAACAUGUCUUGGUGAUUCUUCAGAAACCAACACCAGAACUCAAGCAGCAGCUGGCUGCUUUCUCCAAGCGUGUCGCAGGUGCAGUGACUGAGCUCAUCCAGGCAGCGGAAGCCAUGAAAGGAACAGAGUGGGUGGAUCCAGAAGACCCAACCGUCAUUGCAGAAACGGAAUUAUUGGGGGCUGCAGCAUCCAUUGAGGCUGCUGCUAAGAAGUUAGAGCAACUGAAGCCAAGAGCAAAACCUAAACAAGCAGAUGAGACCUUGGAUUUUGAAGAACAGAUCUUGGAAGCUGCAAAAUCCAUUGCUGCUGCCACGAGCGCCCUGGUCAAAUCAGCUUCUGCAGCCCAGAGGGAGCUGGUGGCCCAAGGAAAGGUGGGCUCCAGCCCCGCCAAUGCUGCCGAUGACGGACAGUGGUCACAGGGACUCAUUUCUGCCGCCCGGAUGGUGGCAGCUGCAACCAGCAGUCUCUGUGAGGCCGCCAAUGCCUCUGUUCAGGGACAUGCCAGCGAGGAGAAGCUCAUCUCAUCUGCCAAGCAGGUCGCUGCUUCCACAGCUCAGCUGCUUGUGGCCUGCAAGGUGAAAGCCGACCAGGACUCAGAGGCCAUGAGGCGGCUACAGGUAAUGGUCACUGAUGCUGGUGGGAAAAUACUCCUGUUGGAGCGGGCAGCAGGGAAUGCUGUGAAAAGAGCCUCAGACAAUCUUGUUCGUGCAGCCCAGAAGGCAGCAUUUGGCAAAACUGACGACGAUGAUGUCGUAGUAAAAACGAAGUUUGUCGGGGGCAUUGCUCAGAUCAUCGCUGCCCAGGAGGAAAUGCUAAAGAAAGAACGAGAACUGGAAGAAGCAAGGAAAAAGCUGGCCCAGAUCCGCCAGCAGCAGUAUAAAUUCCUACCCACUGAGCUGAGGGAGGAUGAGGGCUAAGUCCAGGCCAGGAUGGCGAGCCCCAGGAGCUAGCCCUGCAAGAACUGGACAGACAGUGUUUCUGAGAGCCAGGCACUUACCUGGAAACUGCCAGCCCCUUCCCCCCCGGGGCGAGUCCAGAGCCCUGAGUCCUGUUCUCACUUCUCUGUCCUGUUGGCACCGGCUGCAUGAUCCUGAUGUCACACGGUACAGUGUCCCACCCACAGCUCCUCCGCCGCCUCCCCUUGUGCCUCGCCAUAUCUCAGGAGAGAGGGGUGCACGUUUUGUGAACUGUUACCAAAAAAGAGAAGUCAGUAUUAUGUCGUUCUCAGACACUUUUGCUUUCGUUGGUCUUCUCAAGGCCUGCUGCUGGGCCUCUUUGUGAAAUCAUACUAGGAAAAAAACAAAAACAAAAACACAGUGGUCCUGGGGGAAAUCAUUGAUGUCAUAGAUACACAUAGAUAUUCUUCUCCCUCUCAAGAGAACAUGAAAGUUGGAGCUGGAUAUGGUAAUAAAAGUCAGAAACACAAACCCAGGUGGACUCUGGGAGGGUGACUGAGGUCCUCCUUCCAUGUCUUGAGCACUGGUUCACCCAAGGGGUGAAGAAUCCCUGCUCCUGUUUGCACGCUUUCUUGCCUCAGUGUGUAAGCUCCUUGUACAAUCUAGACCCAUCUUGUAUCCUGUGGCCCAGAAAAUCAAACAGUUAAUUUUUUUUUCCCCUCCAUAAUCCAAAGGGCAGAGUUGUGGGAGCCUUUCAGGGCUUGGUGAGCAGGGGCUGGAAUAAAAUGCAUGGGCUCCUUAUUCUGCAGAGGCUAUUUCGGUUCAUACAGAUUCAUGUGCACAAACCCACUUCCCUGUGACAGCGUGACAGCCCUCUUAUGUAUUUGGGUGGCUUCAGCCGGAAUGAAGCGACUCCAUCUUUAAGUCCCUUGUCACUAAUCUCAGGAGACCAGAGUUCAAGAUUGGAAGACAUCUGUUGAGAAACCCAUUAUCGUCCCAAGAGGACUUUUGUUUUUCUAUAUCUUAGUAUUCAGAAUCUAUGCAUCCUAAAAUCAAUGUGAACCUUUAACUAGAUAGUUUUGCUUAUAUGUAAGGUGAGAACAUGGGGUGUUUUGGGAGUCCAUCUUUUGGAUGUCACACUUCCAGAAUUUCAUAUUUUUUUCCUCCUCUUUCCUUUUUUUCCUUUUUCCCUUCUCUGCAAAGAAGGGCAUGUUAAGACCUUGAAUUCUCCUUUAAUCUGAGCCUUUACCCUUUACAAUACAUGGAGGAUGAAUGGCUUGUGGAAUAGAGGUUAAUGCCAGGUAGCAAGUGACUUUGAAAGAAUCUGUAAGAGAAAGAAAGGAGUUAAUGGAGGCACAUGGUUUUCCAGACUGAAGACUGUUGAAGCCAGUCAACCUCUGCCUUUCCCUGUCUCAUAGCUCCAAAUUUUCAGCCAGGAGGAAAAAUUGGUGCUCUGGUCCUCAAAAGAUGUCAUCUUUUGACCUUGGCCAAUGAUCCUGCUUCAGCAGAGCCUAGCCCAUGCCAUCGUUUUACAAUACAAACUUGACAGUUUCCCACAUUUAUAAGAUAACUUGUAAGUGCUACAAAUAUUGAAAUUUCUUUUUCAGACAAGUAGAAAGUUAGAGGAGUAUAAAUGACCCACAGGUGGAGAGCAUACAUUGGGGAGAGUGGCACCAAAUCUGAUAAACAGUGGGGAGCCCUGGCCUCUCAAGGAAAAGCAAGCCCAGUUCUGGCUCACCUUUCCGAGUAUAGCUAAUACAGCUCCUCACACUUGCACUGGGUGGACAUUCUGAGGAGGAUGCAGGGUGCUUCCUGAGAUUUUGGAAGUCAGACCGAAAGCUCAGGGUCUCAAUGUGCUAAUGGUCUCACAAAGUGGGACUCUGGGAAACCCUUGCGGGGCCCAACCCUCCCCUCUUUUCCUCUAGGCUGCCCCUCUUCCCUUCCAUCUGUCCAUCACGUUCUGGCAUCCCAGGAGGGGGUGGGGGCCAGGGCAAGCAGGGGGAUCUCCAUCCCUGCUUCAGGGUUAUUUAAAACCCCAACUUCAUUUGACACCAGAGGAAACCUCCAGAGAGAAACCAAAUGGAAAGGCUCGUCUUUUCCAACAUUAAGGGGCAGUCACAGAACACAGUUUAUUUUUGUAGGACCUAUAUAAAUGGCCUAUCUGAAGUUUUCUGCUGCUAGGAGUCUAGAGAGGUUGGCUCCCAGUCAUCACCUGGUGUAGUCCUGGGUUUUCAUCUGUCCCUUUCUCAUCCUCCCUGCAUGUUUGUAUGUGAAUGGCCUUGUAGUAGCUUGGUCUUUUCUCAUUUCAUAAAAUGGCCAAACGGCUGUGCUUUGGGCAUUAUUUACUAAGUGUUAACUGCAAGUGCCCCUGUGUGGCGUCUAGGGGGAUUUUGGUUCUUCAGAGAGAAAGAAUGCAGGUAUAUGAGUUGCAUUUGGGGGCAUGAACUUUUAGAGCAUAUGACAAUAGCAUGGUUCCCAGUAGAAGCAGCCCCAGGUCUGAGCUUAGAAAGGGCCUCUGUGGUGAGGGGCAGCAGGUGUGUGGAUGUGUGCCCUUUCUCACUGCUUUGCCCCUGAGGGAAACUGGCAUUGGGCUUUGAAUCUUUAGGUUGAUUUUUGUGUCCAGAAAUUGCUGGUUUUGAUGGUCAAAAAAGGAAACUGAACUAGACUUCAGAGCUAAUUGGUGAUUUGGGAGUUUAGAUUUUGCUGUGUUGUCUUUCAAAAGUCUUCAGAUCAAAGGUGCUUAAGCCAUGGUCAGAUUGGCCUUAUUUAGCUCCACUGAUGUCUAGUCAGGGGUGGCCUUGGUGGUCAGUGCCAGCAGGUACUCAGGUCCUGGCUGGUCUCUGGGCAUCAUGUACCCACCAAGGCAGUUGCCCAGCUGCCCAGCCCAUAGUCUGUGCACAGGCUUAGGGCCAAGCCACCUGCCACCUUGUUGGCACAUAAUUUUAUCCCAGAAAACCCUCUGAGCUUCUUGUAGGUCUUGCGCACCUGCUGACUGAUUUAUCAGCCUACAUGUGUGCAAGCAACAGGAACCUAUUCCUAAUUUAUCACAAAGAUUGUUUAAAAAAAAAAUUUACUACCUUCAAAAAGAGUAGACUCCACCUCCCAAGGGACUCCAAGGCUAAAAACCUCAUGAGGGAAGUAGGCACAGGGCAAAGGUGGUAAGUAAGCCAUGGUCUCUGCUCCCAGGGAACUCACAGGCCUCAACGAGGUGCCUCCAUUUCCUCCUCAGCAGGUGGUCCCCAGAAUCUUCUGUCCUAGCUCGGAAGUGCUGGGCUCUGGCAGGACCUCUGGGAGCCUUUAGGCCCUAGGACAUAUUAUGACCAUGUUCUGCUCUCAGAUUUCUGAAGAAAACGAACCCUCUGUUGACCAAGGGGACACUGCUUUUGAGAGUCUUUGGGGGACCAGGGGAACUUGGAGAAAUUCCCAGGCUAAGAGGCUACAGUCCCCGGAGUUCUGAAACCCAGAGAUCCUGACCUCUGUGCCAAUGGCCCAUGUCCCGUCUGAGUGCCAGCCUCAAGAGAUGACCUCUGCCAGGGAAGGACUCCUUCCCAAAGGGAUCCCAACUUCCACGUUUAAAUGUCCUGAGACUAUGGCUUCAUCCCUCUGAGCUCAUGUUUGGUGUGUUUAUGACCAUUAGGAAUGAAUGUGUGAUGGAGCUUCUGUUGAUUGAUUUUAAAACACUACAAUGAAGAGCUGUCACUUUUCUAUGAUGGGAGUUUGGAUUCAGCCUUCCUCUGAGCCCAACUCCCAACUCUCCAGGAAGCAUCUGCGUGUGAGUCCCUCCAGCCACAUGUCCUCACCCCACAUGACACAAGGCAGGUUCCCUCAGCCUCCAGCCACACUGCAAGAUCCAUAGGAGGUCAGGAAAAUUAACCUCUGCCCUUGUCAUAAUGUUUAAUCACAUAAAUUAAUUUAUCUAAUCACAUAAAUUAUUUUUUUUAUUCAUCAGAAAUAAACUUUUAAAGCAAUGAA